AUCUACUAAUUAGUCUUUGAUUAUAAAUACGAGUGAAAAUGUUAAUCAAACUAUUGUUAGUCUCGUUGUCUUUGGCCGUGUAUUUGGUGUCCGGCGACGACGUGGACAUCACCAAAGGACCGCCCGAUUACGACAAGCCAUGGGUUGACGGCUGGGGUUUUAACCAGAGUGAUCACUUGGGUUGGAAAAAGCAACAUGAACAUAUGCUCAAACAGACCGCAGAUCAUGGCUCGAAAAUUAAGGUCAUUUUCUUUGGCGACUCUAAGAUCGCCCGACUAUUAUCUGAGGGCAAAGCCAUUUGGGACGAGUACUUCGCCCCCAAACACUACUAUAACUACGGUAUUAGGGGUGACAGCACUCGACAGAUUCUGUGGCGGAUGCAUCACAAGGAGUUUGAGGGCCUGACGCCCAAAGUACUCGUUUUUAUGAUUGGCGGCAAUAAUUUCAAGAGUAAUUAUAAUAGAGGAACCGAUGAUGAGAUACUAAAGGCAAUGGAUGUGAUAGUGAAGGGCUUGAGAGAGAUGUUGCCAAAGACUGAACUUGUUUUGGUCGGACAGUUGCCCCGUAAGGGCACGACCGACAAGAGGGCCCGUUAUAUAAACUCGGCUCAAGUGGACGAGUAUAAGGAGUCGAGCGAUAAAAUGGUUCAUUUUGUUAAUCUCUUCGCCAAUUAUACGACGACUAAAGACAAACAAAAUACAAAACUUUUCAUUGAAGACGGCAUUCAUCUCAAUGAAGACGGAUAUAAAAUAUUAGCGCAAACACUCGAUCCUAUUAUUAAGAAACUAAUUAAUAGAAAUGAGAAAAUAGUUUUGAAUAAAGUGACCGGUUUUGCAGAGUUUGGGAGUUUGACAGCAGUUAUGGGUCCGUCGGGUGCGGGACUCACAUCACUCUUGAGGUGUUUGAAUGGUAUGAAUAACAGGAGAUUAGACGCCGACUCCCGGAUCCGUUUAAGUCGUGACCACAAAAUCAGAUCCGCUUUUAUCGGACACAACGAAAAAGAGAUUCUGAUAAUGGGAUUAACGGCCAAACAAAACAUGAUUUACGCGUCGAAACUGAAAAACAGUGGUUUACCCGAAGGAAAGACAAUUGACCACAACAUGAAUGUGUCGGCAAUAAUGACAGACUUGUUGAUGAGCGACAUAAUGAACACUCGGGUCGACCGAUGCAGUGGUGGUGAACAGAAACGACUGGCCAUUGCUGUCGAGUUGACGGCAUUUCACAAACCAAACCUCAUAUUAUUUGAUGAGCCGACCACUGGUCUCGACAGUAAUGUCGCUGAAGUGGGAGGACAGUGUGUAUACUUUGGCCCACCCGUCCAUUUACGGCAUCACUUGAGCUCAUCCAACAUUGUCUGCAAUGAGAAUCAGGUGCCGAUCGAACACCUGUUGACCAUUGCAUCCAAAGGCAGUGACAGUACAGAUGUAAUUGAGUUGAGAGCAAAGACAGGACAGCGAAUGAAUCAAUUCAUUUAUCACAGAAUUAAUGAUACCAUUAAUAAGCAAAUACACCACAAAAGCAAACCAUUUCUCGUCAGAGAUGUGUUUCUAUUAACCAAACGAUGGAUAACAGAGUUUUACUCAUAUAAGUGGCGGAUAUAUCUGUUAAAUUUGGCGGUCUUUGUAUUGUCCGCCGCUAUCUUUGCAUUGAUGUACGGCUCAGACAUCGGUCAGUACGACGACUGUAUGGCCGGAAUCGGUGUCCAAACAAAUGAGACGUGUCUCGAAAUAUUGGACAGAGACUAUCAAAUCAAUCAAAAUUUAUGUUUUCUUACAUUCACUUCAUGGGCGAGUAAAACAUCCAUUGAUAUCAAACAUUCCUCCCGAAGAAGUAAAGACAACAGGCGUUUGAGUAUAGCGUGGAUUGAUUUGACACUAAAAGUGGAUAAAACUCUGUAUUCAUCUGAAAAAGUGAUCCUAAGAGGUGUUAACGGAUUGUUUGAAUUCAAUUCACUCAACGCAUUGAUGGGUCCGUCGGGUGCGGGAAAGACAUUACUCUUGCGCUCAUUGAACGGAAUGUGCAGACAUUUGAUGACUGAAGAGUCAAAGAUAUAUUUGAGUACUUUUCACACAAUCAGGACCUGCUUUAUAGCUCAGGACCAGAGGGAACAUCUCAUCACUGGCUUAACAGUCAAACAAUCACUCAUUUACGCGUCUAAACUGAAGAACAGUUCCAAGAGUUACAUAAACCACGAAAUCAAUGUCUUUCAAUUGAUGCAAGAGUUGUCCAUAACUGACAUAAUGGGUGUAAAUGUGGAGAAAUGCAGUUCCGGUCAACAGAAGCGGAUUGUGAUGGCAAUGGAGUUGACGCCAGACAUCAAACCUAAUCUCAUAUGUAUUGACGAACCCACGAGUGGUGUCGACAGCUAUUCAGCCCUUUUAAUGAUUAAGUGCUUUAAAAAGUUGUCCCAAAAGCAUAGGUUAACGAUCAUUACAUCCAUACAUCAGCCAAACCUCGAAAUACUAAUGCUUUUCGACUCACUGUAUGUUUUGGCCAAAGGAGGGCUUACCGUAUACUCCGGGCCACCAAAACACCUGUCCUUACAUUUACAACAAUGUAAUAUCGCAUACAGUAGUGAACAGAUCCCCAUUGAAGUACUCAUGAAGAUCGCUGCCAACGGAUCAGUCGCCUAUACCUUCAGCUACGGCUGGAAACAGUUGUUGGCGGAGAUUGGUUGUGUGGCGUUAGCCGUCAACGGCUCCUACGGGUGCCGACAAACCGCUCAAGACUUGGAUGACUUGAAACUGACUUAUUAUAACAAUCAAUUCAUUUCAUUCAUAGUCACGACUCAAUUCUUCUUCAAUUUAAUUCUAAGCGCAAUGAAAACCUCAUCACAAAUAAAGCUCUUUAUGUCUGAACACAGAAAUUUCUGGUACAGCACUGAGUCAUUCUUUGUGGUCAAAUCAGUGAUGGAUUUCAUACCAUUUAUGAUAAUAUUGGCGUCAGUUGUGGCGGUGAUUGACAAUUACGACAAAGAGUACACCUAUUGGUCACUAAUACUGGCGUUGAGCUUAAGUUGUCUACAAUAUCAGAGUUUGGGCCAAAUCUGUGGCAUUUGUUUUGAGGAAAACGGGGUUUUGGUCGGCAUUUUGUUAAUACCAAUUGCAGUGGUGUUUAGCGAUUCAGUGAUACUUUUGCAUGAUUUGGGAUCAAUUGCACAGCACUUGUCACAUAUCACUUCGAGCGCCCCAUUUAUACGCUACACAAGGAUCUGGUUUUACGGCUCCGACCGUGGCGCUCAUUUGGAUGACAUCGACAUAACGAAGGGUCCGCCGGCGUAUGACAAGCCAUGGGUGUCUGCCUGGGGCUGGUUUGGCACUACAAACCCUACGGGUUGGAGGGAUAAGCACCUGAAAAUGCUUAAUCAGACUAAUGAACACAAAAACGAUAUCAAACUCCUGUUUUUUGGCGACUCAAAGACCGAGGGCUGGAUCCGUGAGGGCAUCGAUGUUUGGAAAAGUAAUUACGUUAAUAGAGGCGGUUAUAACUACGGCAUCGGCGGCGACAGCACUCGGCAGGUGUUGUGGCGGAUCGACAACAAGGAGUUGUCUGGUUUGGCGCCGAAGGUAUUGGUGUUUAUGAUCGGCGGUAAUAAUUUUGGCAACAAUUAUAACAGAGGUACGGACGAAGAGAUAGUGAAAGCGGAACAUCUGAUCGUCGAUAACAUACGUAAAGCAGUGCCCAAAACACACAUCAUAUUUGUGAGUCAAUUGCCGAGAGGGUCCUCUGACAACAGGGCCAGACAUAUAAACACCUUAUGGGAACAAAGUGGUGACAGCAAGACUACCAUGGUCAGUGACACGUUUGUACAUUUUAUAAAUCCGUACAAAAAGUUCACUAAACCGGACGGAACACAGAAUCUGGACCUUUAUAUCGGAGAUCACAUUCAUCUGAAUAAAGCCGGUUAUGAAAUAUUGGCUCAAAGUAUUGAACCACUUAUCAAACAAUUCCUGUGAACGCAUUUGCGUUACAUUUAAUUAUUAAAAUUUUGUUAAUUAAUAAAUUACUUUCUUAUGUAAACAUGAA